UUUCCUCUCACUCCUCAGCUCAGGUAUGCUUCAGGCAUAGAGACCGAUAGAUAUAUCCUUGUUGCUGUUCUUCGCCGUCCAAAAACAACUGUAGUGAAACACAAGCUCAGUGGAAAGGAGCGGCCACAGACUAACAAAGCAGUUCCUUCAUGUCGGCUAGCGUUGAGUCAAUAGACAUUGAUUCCCUUCCCCUCCCUUCUACCCUAGACCUACCUGAGGACCUACCCAUUGGCCUCCCUCCUAUCAAUGGAGGAGGAGGAGGAGGAGAGACCUCCCCUAGACCCCAUCAGUCAGCCGUUACCUCCCCUAACACUCCCUAUUGAUGAUUAUGAUACUCAGUAUGGUCCCACUACUAGUACAGAGCCUCAGUUAGAGUCCUCGGUUCUUGCUGACGGUGAGUUGCCACGGUUUGAUGAGGUGAAUGAGCAGUAUGAGUUCCUACGAAGAACCCUCUCUCAUUCUCGCCGCCGGUACUCUGCUCGUUUUAAGAGACCACGCCCAGUUUCCCGCCCACGUGAGAACGGUGAGUCCUCGUUGGAUGCCCCGUGGUUGUCACGGGAACCGGAAGAGAGUCAGUUGGAUAAACCUGGUAAGAUUCGUCCCCCUCCCUCCUCCUCUUCUCGCUCCGCCCAUCAGUCACAGCAACGUAACAAGGUGCAGUCGGCUCGUAGACCCCACCCUCAUCAUGGAACCAGGGCAGGGCAUACCAGCACUCGUUCAGCUGUAAAUUCAAGCGGAAGAGGGGAGGCACACGUUGAUAACAUAGGACGUACCUAUUACAUGGACCACACCACCCACACUAUACACUAUGGGGACAGCACCUCCUCUCAGCCGACGAGGGACAGUGAGGAACGAGACGGAGAGGGAGGGGGAGAGAGGGGGGCCCUCGAUGCAAGAAGGGAAAUGCUGAACCGGCGUUAUCAGAGUCUCCAUAGGAGCUUUCGUUCCGCUCAUCAUCACCGAAGAAACCAUUCACAGCAGGACUUCGCUAGCAACCUAGCACCUGUGGAGUCUGUAGGUGCCAUUUCUUAUGUUCCACUGGAUAGCUCAGAGACUCAGCAAGAUGCUACUGGAGAGAGAGGGAGGAGGAGGGAUAAAGGGAAGUCCUCCACCCCUUCAAGAGGUUGGUUUAAUUUCGGUCGUAAGUCAACCAACCGGAGCAUGACAAGGCAAGCUGAAUCAACAUCGACAAUUUCAUCAGAUACAGUCAAUAUUGAGGUCACGUCUCCCCCGGGAGUCAUUGAUAUUUUUGCUCCUCUUUCUCCUCCCCCUCCUUCUCUCUCUGAGCUCGGUAUAACCGAUAGUGUGGAGCCACACCUACCAGAGCCACGCCCCCUAGAACCCCAGGAGAGUAUCAGUAGUUUGACUAUUUCUCAACAAGGAUCCAUAACAGAGUCCAACGGAGCUAUCAAUAAUGAAUUAGAGAAUACACUCACAGGACAAGAAGGUCUUAUUGCUAUCGUAGAUCAGACACACCCCCAGGUUGAGCCAGAGCCACACCCACCUGUAUCAACUGAUUUAGAUCAGGCAGCAGCCGCUACAGCACUGCAGCAACAGCAGAGGAGACGUGGGUGGAGUAGCCGCACCUCUCACCAUAGCGGAGACACUGAUGAUGAAACUAAUGAAGGAUUAUCCCCUAGGAACAGUGUCGUCAUUAGCCCCGCCCCCAGUAGAGAAGACCAACCCACGGGUACUGCUGCAAGAGGAGAGGAGACACAGGGAGAACAACCAGCAAGCACUACUGAAUCUACUGAGACUCCACCCACUGCCCCUCCCACUACCACGCCUACUCAUAAAGAGUCUCAAUCUCACGGAGACAGGAAGAAGACCAGGAAGAAGGGCGGGGUCAAGGUAGCUAGUCCGAUAAAGUUUUCUGAUGCUCUAAAGAACUCACCAGCUCUUAAAUUCAUAACUCGUCCCGACCUUUACUCAUUCCUUAAUUCAGCUGGAGAAGCAGGUGAGGUUUUCUUCUCUCAGCGUUCGUUGAUGGAACUGGUCCAACGGAUAAGAGCUGAUAAUAAACUAUUUGCUAAGUACCAGCACAGCCGGCAGCUGGUCCAGGCUUUGAACAGGUUCGCUGAAACUGAUAGAGAGAUACCAUCAGACUGGGAGAAGAAACUGAACAAGGAAGGAAGAAUAUUCUUCAUUGAUCAUAAGCACCAGUUAACUACAUUCAUUGAUCCGCGAUUACCUGAUGCUGAUUCCACUGAGAGAAAGGACUCCACCAGCACUAUACCAGUCAGUGCUCCUCCGAGACGAAUCUACUCGUCUUCUGAUGAACCUGAACUCCGUCAGCACCAUUCUACAGUGAUGCAGACUCGUUCAGUUCCAACUCUACCAAGAGAAGAGGAGGAGAUUGUCACCUCAACCGAAGAACAUGAAACGUAUGAAGAUCAGGUGGUUGCUUUCUUUCGUCAACCGAACCUUGAGGAUCUGAUAGCUCAGAGAUACAGACGAACGCUCCGCCCACAAUUGAAAGAAGCUUUUGAGGACAUCAAGAGGAACGGAGUAUCAGCCCUAGAGAGAGUCCAGCUGUCAGGAGGAGGGACUGCCCUUGAGCUAACAAUGAUACUGAGUAUAUUUGAGGAAGAUAUCAGUGCCCUGAGACCAGCAAGAUCACAAGCUCAAUCACCAGCUGAGGUUAAUGAUGAAUCAUCAGGUGCUGGUGCUAAAACUGGUACUAUUCAGAGGCAGAAGCAGGCAUUUGCUGCUAAACUCCAAACGUUCAAACUCCAGCUGGCCAGGCUAGGCUUUGCCCAAGGCUCCCGCCUAAAGUUCAACCUAAGACGUGAACAUCUUCUUGAAGACGCUUACGAACACGUCAUGAAGUCAGAGAUAAGACAUUUGCAAAGAAAGAGGUUGAAUAUUUCCUUUAGAGGAGAAGAUGGAUUGGAUUACGGUGGGCCCUCGCGUGAAUUCUUCUUCCUGCUUUCCCGUAACAUAUUCAAUCCUUAUUUUGGAUUAUUUGAAUAUUCUGCUAAUGACACGUAUACCAUACAGAUUAGCCCCACCUCCUCCUUCAUUCAGAAUAAUCUUGACUGGUUCAGAUUUGCCGGACGAAUUGUUGGACUUGUAAUAGCACAAGGUUUUCUACUUGACGUGUUCUUCACUCGACCGACUUACAAAUCAAUACUUGGAAAGUAA